AUGAAUUGCAAUAAGAUUACAAUUGUCAGUUUAUAUAGCAAGCGGUCGUGGUGUGUUAAGGAUGUGGGUUUAGAGGAGCUGGCUCUGGUGAGCCACGGCCGAUCCAUGAGUGAAGGCUGGGAAGGAGCUGACGAUCCAAGUCUUUUGGCACGCGUAGAGAAAUCCGAACAUUACCGGAUUGAGUCCUUGGAGAAUACAAUUGUCAACAGAAAGGUUCUUGUUGUGCUCGGUUCAGCCAUGGUAAAGGCGAUGAGAUUAUCUGAGAUUUUUGUGAGUGUGAGGGCAAAGCAUUUUAGAGAAGCUAGAGGGUGGGCGGGGCUGGGGCUGCGGGAGUUGGGGAGGGUGGGCGGGGCUGGUGCAUCUAGUAUUAUUGAAUGGUUAUGUGUCAUUAGUUUUCCCCAUUAUCUCAACUCCAUGUAA